AUGUGCGAAUUUAAACCAAAAUCAUGUCCGAUGUUGCAUUACAAAGGUUGUGAAUGGAAGGGAUGCAAUUGGGAGAUAAGUGGACAUUUCGCAGAAAUUCAUCAAAAACAUGUAAUAAAAAGUGAAAACAAUAUUUUUAAGGUCAAAGCAUCCCUAUCUGAAGCUUAUAACGUGAAAUUAUUAUCAGACAACAGCAAAAACUGCAUUUUAAACAUUUUAAUUGCCAAUCAAAAAUUCUACUAUGCAUUAAAUCCAAUCGAACAAUCCAUGGAAAAUGAUGAAUACUCUGUAAAACACAAGAGUAUAAAAUCAGAAGACAACUAUUUAACAACCGGAGGUACUCUAAAACGACUUAAUGUUAUUUACACUGAAAGGAACUUAAAUAAAAACCCCAAUUCAACUGCGGUUAGCCUUGCUUCAUUAAAACAUCUCGCUGACAAAAAUAAUAUGAUUACGAACGAAUUCAAUCUGAAUCCAAAAGGGAUCGAUGAAAAUACGUUGAAACAAUUGGAAUGCCCUGUUUGCAUGAAUAUAAUGCGUCCGCCAAUUUAUCAGUGCGCUGCUGGACACAGUAUCUGUAUUUUGUGCCGUAAAAAAGUUAAACAAUGUCCCCUAUGCCAGAAGGGGUGGACCGAUUCAAGGAACUAUUUCGUUGAAAAUUUGACAACCAACAUUAAAUACCCAUGUAAGUUUUAUGAAGCGGGUUGUAAAGAGGUUUUAAUCGAUGAUAGAAUAAGGAAACAUGAAGAAUCGUGUGAUUUUCAAACCUACCAAUGCAAAAUGGAAUGCCAUCAAAUUGGAAACUACCAAUUUAUACUAAAACAUUUAAUGAACCACCAUAAGGAUAUGGAAUAUACAAAAGACAUGGUAAUAUAUUAUACACCAAAUGAAAGUUUAACUAAAAAAUGGAUUAUUUUUGAUUUAAUGAUUUUUUAUAUAAAAUAUUUAUACGAUCCCAAAGAAGUCAUGGAUCUGGCAGCCCGAAAUAAGGAUUCACAUGCUUGGCUACCAAAAAUGCCGGUGAUGAACAUAUCUGUUUUUAACUCACCGCUGUUAAGCUUCAGUAUUAGUUUAAGUCAAAGCAUGGGCGUUUCGAUGCAAAGACUGACGUCCACAUGCCAAACAUGCGAACAAUCGCCGCCUAGACUACUCCUCGAUCAAAUCGUCCGAUCACCUCCAACGCCACCCCAGAGAUUCGAAGGCAUCAAGCUGGCGCCGUUCAAGUUGAAGUUCGGAAGGACGUCGAAAUCGAACUCCUCGACGAGGAGCAACUCGACGGAGACGGCGGAGUGCGAGAUCGGCAGCCCGCAGAGCGGCGUGCCGGCGGCCAUCAUGGAGGGUCAAGAGGGCCAGGAGAUGGACCCGAUAAGCCCGCCGCCUUCCUACGAGCACGUGCUCGAAGAGGUAACCUUGAUUAUUCUGAUGUUUUGA